AACGCAAUUUGUGUUUGUGUUCAGCUGUAAGUAAUUGGUAUUUUGUUAAAUAACCAUUUUGUAUUGUAAAAUAUACGAUCUAAGUGCAACAUUAUCCGUAAUCAAUGCCCUACAUUCUGAUUAGAGGUAAUCUAGCAUCAUAUGGACAUAAAAACCCUUGGCGUGUUUUGGUAUCCGGCUUAAAAGCUGGUGACAUAGAACAGCUCAAGAGGUUUGCAUGUGGAGGCUACUGCGACGAUUCUACUAUUGUUUAUUUACAACAUCCUUGUGUUAUUCUCAGCGCGCUUGAGGUAUUGGGUUACAAGGUUGUAGCAUCAAGUUCAACAGCUGUCAAACAAGAUUAUAAUGAGUAUAUGUGGACUAUGAGAAAAGAGUUUUCUGAACCAGAACCUUCAAUUAUUGUUGAACAGGAUAAUAUCACAAACUUCAGUAAAGAGGCUAUGCACCUUGGCAACUAUCAACAGCCAACAAAAGAUAACGAAGUUUAAUAUCGAAAAACAUAUCCUAAGACUAACUUUUCAUUUAUACUAUGGACACAAAGGGCAGUCAAAAUCUAUCACCAACCAACUUGGCAACCAUACCAUUAACCGAAGAAGACGGAGUUGUUUAUAUAGCCAUUAAGGGUUCCCUACAUGCCAGUGACUGCUCUGUUUUUGGUCUUGGCAAUGAAGAAAUUAGAGCCCUUUCUAAAAAGUUUCCUGGUUCCGGGAAUGUUGUGAAUGGUGUUUCCAUAAAAUCUAAUGUACUGAGCGCUCUAAAUUCACUUGGUCAGCUUGGUUACAAAAUUAUUUCCAGCACUGGUGAAACAGAGAUCACUUGGACCCUUCAGCGUUACAUAUAAGCAUUAAAAAGCUCCCCUUACUCCAUCACAC